UUUCUUUCUUCUUCGCAAGAAAAUAAAAACUAAAAAAAAAUUCUUUUUUUAUAUUUAAAAUAAUAACUAAAACCUUAAUAAAACACAUUUCCCAUCUUCAAAAAAAUGGCAAAGAAAACCUACGAUUUACUUUUUAAAUUAUUAUUAAUCGGUGAUUCGGGUGUCGGGAAAACUUGCAUUUUGUUUCGUUUUUCUGAUGAUGCAUUUACAUCGACAUUCAUCUCAACAAUAGGAAUUGACUUUAAAAUAAAAACAGUCGAACUCAGGGGUAAAAAAAUUAAAUUACAAAUCUGGGACACUGCCGGUCAAGAACGUUUCCACACAAUUACCACCUCGUAUUAUCGUGGUGCGAUGGGUAUAAUGCUUGUAUAUGAUAUAGCAAAUGAGAAGAGUUUUGAAAAUAUAGUUAAAUGGCUGCGGAAUAUAGACGAGCAUGCGAAUGAAGAUGUUGAGAAAAUGAUUUUGGGCAACAAGUGUGAUAUGACAGAAAAACGUGUAGUCGGCAAGGACCGCGGUGAGGCGAUCGCUCGCGAGCAUGGCAUUCGAUUCAUGGAAACCUCCGCAAAAUCAAAUAUCAAUAUUGAAAGGGCUUUCUGUGAACUAGCCGAAGCCAUACUUGACAAAACUGCUGGACGCGAAGCUGCAGAGAAUCCCGAACGUGUUGUUGUCGAUCGUCGGCAAACCAGUCAGCCAUCCUACAAAGGUUGUUGUUCUUAAACAAAAGGAAAACAAAAAAAAAAAAUAAAAAUAAUUAUGUCCAUCUAUUCGGGUGGGUGUUUCUGGGGGUUUUCGUUUUAUACAUCAAAAAUUGAACAAAAAAAAAAAAAACUUUAUCAAAUCAUUUUUAUUCUACUCUUUUUUUUUUGUUGUGUCAUUUCAUCAUCAAAAAAAAAAAAACACAAAACCCCUUUUUCACUCUCAUCCUAUUUAAUUAAUAUAAUUAAUAUACAA